CUCUGUCAGUGUGCUGAAGAGCAGUAUUAAGUACUAAGAGUGGAGUGAUGUUGUCUCUGCCCUGUGAUGUCGUGGACAGGAUCAUAUCCUUUCUACCACAAAGCGAUGUGAUCGCCUUAGCAUGUUCUCAGAAGAAGUUCCUUGAGCCGUGUAUGAGAAAGCUGUACAGGAAGAUCUAUGUGAGGAGGAACCCGAAUCUCCAUGAUGAUGGCUGGUUUGUUGAGUCGCUGAGAACAGAGGUCAGUGGGCUGAGCUCGAUGUUUAAGCGUGAGGACCAGAACGACUACCUCAUCUAUCUGAAAUGUGCGGUGCUUGUGGAGAGCCUGGCGAAGUACGGCCACUACGUACGUGAAUUCACGAUAUAUGACGCCGUGUUCACAGAAGACGGUGACGCUGAAUGUCUGGGUAGUGUAAUCGAUGCUCUGAAGAAAUGCUGUCCAAAUAUUGAGAAACUGAACGUGUUUGAUGAAAGAGUUAAGGCCUUUAACACGCCAUCCAUGAAAAACUGUAUUACAGAUGACCUCGGUGAGAUUGCAGGACUACAACCGCUCGAGUCAUUGACGUUGAAACUACAUAAGUACUCUGAGGCUUUGAAUCUGCCACCACUGGAUAAGCUGGCAUCUCUGAAAGAGUUGAUCGUGGUGGAUGAAGAAUUUGCAAGUUUAAGGCUCUUCAAGCGACUUUCAGAUGCUGGAAUGGCAAAGCUGAACUUGAACAGACUUGUAUUCGACCAUACACACGGUGUGAACGAUUAUAACACCGCCUUGAGGGAACUGACCUCGGAAUUCAUCGACAAUUGUAUUGAACUGUCGAGCCUGAAAGAGUUAGAAAUGACUGUUGGGUGUCAAGAAGAAGGAUGCGCUUGUCUGAGGACCUUUCUGGAUGACAUCGCACCAAAACUGACAAGUCUAGAGAAGGUAUCAUUCCAGGAGUACACCUUCCAGAAGGACCACUAUCUAACUGAAGAGUGGGAUGUGGACGUUGGUAGGUUUCUUUUGAACAUCCCGUCAAAGAUUAGAUACCUAUCUGUACGCCAUAAUCCACCAUUGGACGGUAAGCUCCUGAAUGCUCUUGAAGGAAACUACUUAAGAAGACGGAAACUGUACGAAAACAUUGUUCCCCAUUUAAAGGAUCUAGAGGUGUUCAUAUGUCCAACCUUCUUACAGAGCUGUGCCUGCUAUGAGAUCUUGCCCUCGGACCUCUUGUGGAACGGAUGUGAAUGUGCAUUCUGCUCAAAGUUCCUGCCUCUUUACGACAAGUAUCUACAAGACCAUGCCUAUUUCGACACAGACGAUGGCGAUUUUAAAGAUAUGAUCUCUCCCAGGUUAUUUGGACUGUUUGGGUGGGAACUCUGUCACAGAAUGCAAAACCAAUACGACUUGAAUGCGCUAUCAACACCUCCAACUGUCACAUAUUGGGACUUCCAUGGGUUCCAGCACAUUUCAUGUUUCAACGACGUUAAGGAGUGCGAUUUCAACAAGAUCCUCUUCGAGCCUCUGGCAAUCUGUGUAUCGCAUUUCAUGCUGGACUCUGUGAAGUUCUUGGUGAAGAAUUGUCCAAAACUCAACACCGUCGUGUUAACAGGCAUCUACUUCACUGUGGACAGUGGUGAAGUGAGAUGCGUUUACGAUUCAGAGGAUACGUUUGUUUACUGAAGACUAUUAGCGGUACCCUCACCAAUUGCUCAAUCUGUAGAAGGCCGUUCUGAGACAGUGCCAUGCAAGAGAAGCCAUGGAACAC